AGAGAGAGAGAGAGAGAGAGAGAGAGAAAGAGAGCAGCACAAAACCAAAGCAAAGCAAGACAGACAGACCUCGUCAACAAACCCCACUGCUCCAAAUCCUUCAUUUUCAACUAUCAAACCCGAAAAUUCCAAAACCCAUUAUUCACUCUACGUUAUAUAAUAAUACACUGUAAUCAUUUUUGUAUUAUAUAUGUUUAUGUAAUAAUUAAUUGGAGUUGGUGUAGUUUAUAUGUUUUUCAAAAACUUGUUGUUGUUGUUGUUGUGAGUUUUUGUUGUUGCUUAGGUGGUCAAUUAGUCGUUGAGCUUUCGUUUUCUCGUUCGGAUCGAAUGGGUGGUUUUUAUGUUUGACUCAGAUUGAAGCAACCCCAUCUCUUCCAGUCCCUCUCUUAGGCUUUCUAUCCUAAUGGGUUUCUUGGGAUUUGGUUGGAUUUUUGGCUUGUUGGUGGUGGAGGAGAUUUGGAGUUAGAGAUUUUUUUUUUUUUUCUUUUUUUGUGGGAUGGGAUGCUUCAGUGCUGAAAUGGUGGCCGAUGGGAAUUUGGGUUCUUCCUGGUUUUGCAGGAGGAGGAGUUUGGGUUUUUUACACAAGGUUGUUUUGGGGUUGUGGGUUGGUUUUAUGCUUUUGAGUCCAGUUGUGGGUCUAAGACCGUUGCGGGAGAGGGCUCGUUCGUGGGGCGAUGAGUGGCUAUUUAUAAGAAAGGACGAAAGUGAUUUGGGUUCAUUUUCCGCAUGGAAUAUAACAGGAACUUAUAGAGGAAGUUGGAGGUUUCUAGAUUCCACAAAUAGCUCCUCCAGGUUUCCAGAUUUCAGGAAAUCCACGGGCAAUUCUAUCAUUGAAUUAGUUAGUACACCAACAAAAAUAAAUGGCGUACAUUAUGUGCAGGGGGUAGUCAUUUUCAAUGAUGUGUUAGACAAUGCAAAUAAUAUUGGUGGUGUUCAAAUCAGACUGGAAGGUGUAUAUAUAUGGCCAUUUAGACAACUUCGAAUGGUAGCUAACAGUGCAAAAGAUGGGGAAUUGAACCAAGAUGAAGAUUAUAUUUUAUCUAAUCCAUAUCAUUUGCUUGGAAUUUUCUCUUCCCAGGUGUUCCAAGAAUCUCCACGAGAUAAAAUAUGGAGAAAGAAACGUUCUCCAAUUUAUGAAAUAGAGAAACAUUGUAAUAUUGAAAUAGCGGCUCAGAUCUCACGAAUCUCAUCCACCCAAAAUGAUGGAGAUCAUGAUCGUUAUCAUAUAGAAGGAUUAAUGGAGAGUCCUUCAGCGGAUGAUGAUGGGGAUUGCUUCUCACCCUUACAAUUGAAUGCUACUUCAGUCAACAUUGAGGUCUACUAUAACAAAGCAGUGAAUUAUACCUUGUUGGUCACCUUUGUCUCCUUCCUUCAAGUUCUUCUUUUAAUUCGGCAAAUGGAACAUAGCAAUACUCAAUCUGGGGCUGCCAAAGUUUCAAUUCUAAUGAUUGGGCAACAGGCUAUCAUGGAUGCUUAUCUUUGCCUCGUACAUCUUACAGCAGGAAUACUAGUUGAAUCCUUAUUUAAUGCUUUUGCAACGGCUGCAUUUUUUAAGUUUGUAGUCUUCUCAAUUUUUGAGAUGAGAUAUCUACUUGCUAUAUGGAAGGCAAGUAGGCCUAUGAAUAAUGGAGAAGGUUGGGAGACAAUGAGGCGUGAACUUUCAGUUCUGUACAGCCGUUUCUAUGGGAUCCUUUUGGGAGGCAUUCUGAUCAUGUACGAAUUUCAUAAUUUCUUGAAACCCAUUCUUCUCCUUAUGUACUCUUUUUGGAUACCUCAAAUCGUCACCAAUGUUAUUCGUGAUUCAAGAAAACCUUUGCACCCACAUUACAUCUUAGGCAUGUCUGUUACUCGGCUGGCAAUUCCGUUAUACUUGUUUGGUUGCCCCAACAACUUCAUGCGCAUUGAACCUGACAAGAAUUGGUGCAUUUCCUUGGGAAUAUUUAUUGGACUUCAAGCAUCAAUUCUUCUUCUACAGCACUAUCUUGGGUCUCGGUGGUUUAUUCCCCGUCAGAUUCUACCUGAGAAAUACAGCUACCAUAGAAGAUUUGAUCAGGAUACAAAUCUUUUUACGGACUGUGUCAUUUGCAUGACGGCCAUCAACCUUACACAGCGUUCAAAUGAUUGCAUGGUAACACCAUGUGAUCAUUUCUUCCAUUCUGGUUGUCUACAAAGGUGGAUGGAUAUAAAGAUGGAGUGCCCAACUUGCCGACGUCCACUGCCACCAGCUUGAUCAUUCCCAUUCUGUCUAUAAUGUAGGACCAACUGACAUGCCUAAUUCACUAAUUUUGGUAAAGAAAAAAAAAACUCAAUGGCAUGCAAACACUUAGUAUUUGUUGUAGGAUUCCAUUGCUCCUCUUUUUUUUUUUUUUUUUUUUAAAUAAUUUUGGAGGCUUUACAUACCAAUUGUAAUUGAGUUAUACUUGGGGAUUUUGAAGACAAAUUGUAUAAUGUAUUUUGUAAAUAAUUUCUACAUAAUAGCACAAUUGAAUAACUACUUUUUGCUUUUUCGUUUGA